ACGCUGCAUUUGCGUCAGCGUCGUCUGGGUCUCCCUCCGGGAUCUCAGGCUGUGAUGGCGGAGGUGGACGACACGGACAUCAUGAUGAACUUCCAGGGUGAUUUCCCAAAAAGCGGCAGGAAAAGCUGCCGCUACCCGUACUGCAUUGUCUGGACGCCUAUUCCUAUUUUAUCGUGGGUGCUCCCCUUCAUUGGUCACAUGGGCAUCUGCACCUCUUCAGGGGUCAUACGAGACUUUGCGGGAUCUUACUUUGUCUCGGAGGAUAACAUGGGGUUUGGUCGACCCACAAAGUACUGGAGGCUCGAUGUGGACAAAGUCUGUGGUAAUGGUGCAGCAACGUGGGACCAAGCAGUUCACGAUGCAUCUGAGGAAUACAAAUGCAGGCCGCACAACCUGUGCAUGGACAACUGUCAUUCCCACGUUGCGAUGGCUUUAAACCUGAUGCGGUAUGACAACAGCUCAUCCUGGAACAUGGUGAACCUCUGUGUGCUGUCCUUCAUUCAUGGGAAGCAUGUGAGCUGGGCAGCGGUCCUGAAGACCUGGCUCCCCUUCGUCAUGCUCUGUGGGGUCCUCGCCACGUUCAUCCUGACUCUGAACCUACAGUAAUACAGCGAGCGGCACCAGGAGGGGGCUUUGUUGAUGCUGUAUACACUGUCACUGACAUGAAUGGCGUGUGUUUUGAUGGGACGUUUGCAAAAUAUCAAAUGGAACGACUCGUUAUGUUUAAUUUAACAAGCUUACUUGUUGUUUUCAAAGGAUUUGUAUCAUUAUUUUUGGAGCUUUACCUUAUCAUUUGUAUCCAGUGUUGCAGUUCCCGAUAGUUUUAUUAAAUCACAUGUUCAAUAUCAAAAAAUAUAUAAAACAACAUAAAGGGGGGUAAAGGCACAGUUCUGCUCAGAAUGCAGCCAAAGGAGUGAUCAUUUAAACCUGGAAUCCCCAAACCUUGACAUCAGCGCAUAGCGCAAUGUUCACCUAGUGCAAAAGCAGCAAUAGCAAAAUUAACAGCAAAAAUUUGAGAUCAUAAAGUGAGGAAGUACAUAGGAAUUUAUCCAAUGAUUUAUCCGUUGAGCUGUGGGAAGUCAGGUGAAAUCUUACCUGUGAGCAGUAGCUUGGAGACCUACCAAACAGGCAUUCUACCCAGGGAUUUAAAAGCUUUCUGAGAGUGCAUUUUCUCUACAGUAGUGAAUGAAUUCUGGUGGUAGGAACUGUAAUUUGAAACACAUUCUGGCAGCAUUCAGACAAAUGUAAUUUCUACUUCGGUUCUGGCCAACAUUGUUUCUUGGAUGUGCACAGGCAUCCAUCCUCAUGAUCCUCCAAACAACUCAUCAGAAUAGUCUGCUUUAUCUUAUCAACCCAUGCGGUGAUUGUGCAAGCCUCGCCUUUAUCCAUAUAGUCAGCUUGUGUUUACUACAAUACUUUAAUAUAGUUGAGGAAACAUUACUCUGAGGACAGCAUCUAACUCUGUUUGCAGUUAUUUAGCACCCAACAAAAUGUUUAUCCCUAAAAGUCACUUUGAAUUAUUACUAGUGGAUGGAGGUGAAAAUGCUGAUCUAUAACAAAGACUACAGCUGCAGUCAAGCACUCUUGUGUAAAGACACAAGUGAAGUAAAUAUCACGAGUAAAAUACACGGAAAACGUUUGGAGAGAUUGGUCACAGAUUGGUUAGUCUGUGGACUUUAGCACAAGUUUUGACUACAGAUACAUAAAAAACAAUGACUAAGAUCUAAAGAUAUAUAAAGAUAUUAUAUUCUCAGGAGAGGGCAUUAUAACUAAAAUCAAUUAUUAUUAAUAAAACAAGCAAUGGCCAAUUUAACCUGAUAAACUUUAUACAGCACCCAGAGUCGUCAGGCUUUUUACCCCUACUCAAGACAUCUGUCUGAGCCUUGGCAUGAACUGUGCUGUGUGCCCAUCCCUCAUCUCUGGGUUGAAAUCAGAUCCCGAAUAUUUCAUAAUCCUGGGCCAAACAGUGCUUUCAGUGGAGAGACUGUUUUUGGUUGAAAUGUACAGUACAGACCAAAAGUUUGGACACACCUUUCUAAUUCAAUGGGUUUUCUUUAUUUUCAUGACUAUUUAU